AUGUUGGAAGCUGUACGACUACUGGAUGUUUAUGGGUACAAAACUGUCCCCCAAGGCAAGCAGAACUCUCAAGACUGGGUUUUGGGGGCAUCGGGGGCACUCGAGCGUGCCAAUCUCGCACCUACGGGAACAGCGGGAUAUUGGCAGGACCAAACGGGCAAAGGCCUCAUCGGCAUUGGCAAACAGCUUAUUGAAGAUGGUAGACCUUGGGUGCGGCAGCUGAUCAUGGAGCCAGCACGGGAGUCACCAGUCGAUACCAAGUUUGGUAAUGCUGAGAAGAGCAGGUCCACUGGCAGGCGAAAUCUUGAGAACUACGCCCAUCUUAUGGGUGGUGCCAUAAAGAAAUAG